GACAGUUUUUGGCCGUUAGAACCUUAAAACGUGUCGAGUUGUUGUCCUCAAGUCAGGUCAAGGCUUCAUCCCUCCGGCGAUUCCAUACCUUCAAAGCCUUUUCUUCUUCUUCUUCUUCUUCUUCUUCGACCCAAGUCAUUGAUCCAGCAAUGGCGGUCCUUCAGCCCGGACCAGUCAGUGGCUUCCUUCGUCCGAGUCCUCCGUUCAGGAGAGAGAGGACCAGCAGCCGAGGAAGACGAGUCUUCUGCUUGCAGCAGCAAGUGCCGACGACAACUGCGGCUCCCACUAGAACACAGAGGAUAAUGGAGAGCAUCUCAGUUAGCGGGGAAGUCGGUGGGGCUGGCGGGGCCUACUCGUAUGGGGCACUGAAGAGACUGGACCGGGUUUGGUCCAGUAUCUGUUCUGCUGAGAGGGUCGCGCAGGAGCCGCAGGAAGUAGUCACAAGAACUCAGGGUCUCUUGAGCAAGUCGGAUCUAGCUGGGAAAGCCAUAGAUACGUUUGAUGUGCUUGUCUGCGGAGGCACUCUGGGAAUUUUCAUUGCCACGGCCCUUAGUUGCAAGGGCCUUCGGGUUGGUGUUGUCGAAAGGAACAUCUUAAAAGGGAGGGAACAGGAGUGGAAUAUCUCAAAGAAGGAGCUUUUGGAGCUCGUUGAAGUUGGCGUCCUAGCAGAAGAGGAUAUUGAUAGGGCCGUAGCUGCAAAGUUUAAUCCUAACAGAUGCGGGUUCGAGGGAAAGGGCGAGAUCUGGGUUGAAGACAUUCUCAAUCUUGGUAUUUCGCCUGUAAAGCUCAUAGAGAAUGUGAGAGAACGUUUCACUUCACUUGGUGGGAUCAUUUUUGAGGGUUGCAGUUUGUCCAGAUUAUACAUAUUUGAUGAUGCAGCGGUUUUGCAAGCAGCAGAUGGGAAUGUUUUGGCAUCGCGUCUCGUCAUCGAUGCAACAGGAAACUUCUCUCCCAUUGUGAAACAGAUAAGAGGUGGAAUGAAGCCAGAUGGUGUUUGUCUUGUGGUGGGAUCUUGUGCCCGUGGUUUCAGCAACAACUCCACCAGUGAUGUCAUCUACAGCAGUUCAUCCGUGAAGCAAGUCGGAGAAUCAAAAGUACAGCUCUUUUGGGAGGCAUUCCCAGCUGGUUCUGGGCCUGAAGAUCGCACCACGUAUAUGUUCUCCUAUGUCGAUCCCCAACCCCGUUGCCCGAAAUUAGAAGAACUACUGGAAGCCUAUUGGGAUCUAAUGCCGAAGUAUCAGGGAGUCUCACUUGACGAUCUAAAGAUAUCGAGAGUAAUAUACGGCAUUUUCCCCACAUAUCGUGAAAGUCCACUGCCGGCAGCUUUUGAUCGUGUUUUACAGUUUGGUGAUGCUAGCGGGAUACAGUCACCAGUCUCAUUUGGGGGUUUUGGUAGUUUGACCAGACAUCUUGGUAGAUUAUCAGAUGGAAUUUAUGAAGCAAUCACAGGAGACUUUCUCGACUCGCAUAGCUUGUCUUUGUUGAACCCUUACAUGCCCAACCUCAGUGCAUCGUGGCUGUUCCAGAGAGCCAUGUCGGCAAAGCAACGGACAAGUGUUUCAUCAGAUUUCAUCAAUGAGCUUCUUUCAAUCAAUUUUCAGUGUAUGCAGAAGCUGGGGGACCCAGUUCUGAGACCGUUUCUUCAGGAUGUCAUACAAUUUUGGCCCCUCACCAAGACUUUAGGACUUGUUAUGAUAACUAAGCCUCAGAUACUUCCGUCUAUAUUCAAUCAGGUGGGCAUUCCCGUGCUGCUUGACUGGUCAAGGCACUUCUUCAUGCUGGGCUCGUACACAUUCCUAUCGACCUUCAUCGACCCUCUUAUCAGGCCUAUGGUGAAUUCAUUUCCCCCCAAGACGAAAUACGAGUGGAAGAGAAAUCUCGAGGCUUGGAAGUAUGGAGCUGGUCUAGAUUAUGAGCUAUGAGCUCAUUGUUUGGAUUGUCGGGUCCGUCGCCCAUUCCAAUUUUUCUUAAUGUUUUUGCUCUGAUAUCUGAAUAAGGUACAAGUAAACUAGAAGAGAGCACGAUUACAUAUAAGAACUGGGGAACAAGUUAUAGAUAGGAGAUAUAGUUGGGGCAGCUUGUUCUUAGUUCUCGAGGAAAAUUGUUCAUUUACUGCCGGGCUGAUCUUCUCCCUGCUUGGUUUCAUAAUGAUGGUGAGAAUCGAAAGCUUCUAUAUCAA